AUGCCUUCGACCGACGUGGCAUCUUUCGUCAAGCACCUGCAAUCAUCCAAACGCAUCGUGGCCUUGCUGGGAGCCGGACUGUCUGCAUCCAGCGGUCUGCCCACCUUUCGUGGAGCAGGGGGACUGUGGAGGACCUACGAUGCCACCGUGCUCGCCACGCCGCAAGCAUUCCAGUCGGACCCCGGAUUGACCUGGCAAUUUUACAGCUACCGUCGGCACAUGGCACUCAAUGCAAAGCCUAACCGUGCGCACCUUGCACUCGCAGAGCUCGCUCGACGCAACCCCAACUUCAUCACCCUCAGCCAGAAUGUUGAUGGACUGAGCCCUCGGGCAGGCCAUCCGCCCGCGCAGCUCAAACUGUUGCAUGGCAACCUCUUUGACAUCAAGUGCUGGGACGAAAACGGAUGUGGGUACUAUCGCACGAAUGACUUCACCGAUCCCAUCACGCCUGCUCUGGCUCUUCCCGGCGACGGCGACGGCCAAGAGCCCGACUCGAAGCUAAAGGACGCUGUGCAACAAAAGAAGAACUCGUUACUGCGGGGGGCUGACAUUUCAGACAUCGGCGUCAAAAUCCCUUCCCUGGGACGGGACGACCUGCCGCGGUGUCCACAGUGCCGAAGGAACCUCCUGAGACCUGGGGUGGUCUGGUUCGGGGAGACAUUGCCCACAGAUGUCAUGAGUGACGUGGACGAGUGGUUUGGGAACCCCGAGGCCAUCGACCUGAUGCUGGUCAUUGGGACGAGCUCAAAGGUGUAUCCAGCUGCAGGCUACACCGACAUGGCACGCCGAAAAGGUGCGCGUGUCGCCGUCAUCAACAUGGACCGCGGGGAUGCAAGGGAAUUGACAAAUCGUGACUGGUUCUUCGAAGGUGAUGCUGCAGUCAUUGUGCCGGACAUUUUGAAAAGUGUAAUCGGUGAGGUCGGUGACUUCGACGAGACCAGGGGUGCUGCACAAUAA